GGCCCUCUGCCGUGUCCUGCCGCUGCUCCCUACCGCGGUCGCCGCGGUACCGUCGGUGGCCUCGCCGGCCUAGCGCUCGCGCAGUGCGAGACGUCUACCGAGUAGCGUGCCAUGUCGGAUGCUACGCCAGGGCCUCUUAGUUUUUGUGGUCGACCUGCUGGCCGACCUAAGAAGUACGCGACGCCAGAGGAAGCUAGAGAAGCACGGAAUGCAGCUCGCCGAGCCAAAGCCCGAGAACGAGGUGUGCCGCCACGGGUUCCGUCAUCGCCGACUAGGCGAAGGCAGCAAAAAGCCGAAUCCAAGCGCCGAAGACGCGAGUCUGAUCCUCGUGUACUAGCUAAAGAUGCCGAAGCUAAACGUCUUAAGCGAGCUGCAGUUUUUCCGUUCGCCUAUAUGCGCAGGUUCGUGUCUACAUCUGUAGAUUGGGUGCCGUCGGGACAUCAUUGCGCGGUUCUAGGUUGUACGAACAACUACCGGAAGCGUCAAAUAGCAUGCAACGUGCCCUGCAGCGCGCACAAAAGCCUGCAAGGCGAGUGCGGGUGCAAUGUUUUUAAGCUUCAUCGCUUUCCGAAUGACAAGGAACUCCGGCGUCAGUGGGUCGCGGCGGUCAAUCGGAAAGACUUUUGCCCAUCGCCGUUCUCCCGAGUGUGCUCGCGGCAUUUCACGCAUGGAGUGCGCACCGAGAACUCGGUCCCGACUGUCAACAUGGGCUACACUCGCAAGGAACAUUUUGGUCCGGAACAGUUCCAGAUGGCCCCAAGGAGGACUGGCAAGGAAAAGGAGAAGAAUGCCAAUGAUGAGCAGGAUGACUCUGAAGUUCAAGAAAGCGAAGCCAUACUGCCAGACGAUGGACCAGAUGUGCAGAGCGAUUCUGACACCCAAGAAAGCAAAUCCAUACUGCCGGACGAUGGACCAGGGUGGGGCAGUUCCAGUGACAACAGUUUGAUGCAAGCUGUUACCAUCAAGACAGAACCACCAGAUUAUGUUGAACAGGACGAAGAGCCUAGCAGCCAUCUUGUGUCUGUUAAGUCAGAGCCAGAAUGUUACGAGGAAGUUCGGGAACCUAACAGCCUAGUGCCAGCUCUUACAAAAGAUUACACGAACGUGACAAAGGUCACGUUCCACUUAGAUGCAGAGCCACAGGUUUCCGAAGACGCUCAACGACGCUGCAACAGGGCAGUGGAUGUCAAGAUGGAGCCGCCAGAUCCGACAGAACUCCACACCAAGGCAGCUUCCACGGGGACUGAUGUGCAGCACGACUUUGCUGCCCAACAAAGUGGGACCAUUCCAGCGAAUGCUAGACUAGGGCUGUGUUCCAAGUCUUACCCUAAUGGAUCAGAGUUGCUCCGGCGGAUCCUGUUACGUGGCAAGACAGAUGGAGCAUUGAUGGACGCGGGAUUGGACGGUUCCAGCAAAAACGCCGUGAUGACAGCCAUUACUAUCAAGACGGAGCCGCCAGAAUAUGUUGAGCAGGACGAAGAGCCUAGCAGCCAUCUUGUAUCUGUUACGUCGGAGCCGGAAUGUUACGAGGAAGUUUGGAAACCUGGGAACCCAGUGCCAGCUCUUACGAAGGAUGAACCACCAGAUCACACGGACGUGACAAAGGUUACGUUCCACACAAAUCCAGAGCUGCAGGUUUCCAAAGAGGCCCUACAACGUGGCAACGCAGCAGUGGCCGUUAAGAUAGAGCCUCAAGAUCCGACGGAAGUCGACGCUCCGGCGGUUUCUCUGGGGGCAGGUUCGGGGGCGGCAUCCUCGCAGGAAGUCGGGCAACAUUGGGUCCUUGAGGAUCCGACCGUCGCGGUGUGGCCACCUGGGCACGCACCACCUGCCGUCUGCGAUGAACUACGGCCGCAACCAGACGUAAUCAAGUUCCGCGAGAUUGAACGGUCAUAGCAGCAAGCUGUUGGGACAUAGUUGUUUUGACAAUGUUGUUGUGGCACAGUUGUUGUGGCACCGUUGCAGCAAAAUGUUUGGUGGCGUUGCGACACAUCAGACCGGAACGAGUCGUCGUGCCGGCACAACCUGCUGGUUCAGGAAGCCGUGGGUCCACAAGAGGAUAAGAUCCAGUCCAAGCAGUCCUACGAGCUCUUCUUUGGUGGCUUUGACUACGUUACGACGGACUUGAGGGUGACUUCGGGUGGCGAGGAGAGGUCGCGGAGUGUGUGGUAAUGCAGCCACGGAACUGGCUACGGGUGUGCGGCCGGAGACGCAACCAGCCGAGCUUUGGGUCGUACGGAAGAGGAAGUACGAUGUCCAGAAAACGUCCACGACUGGUGUUUACGUCCUCCUCAAAAGUGUCCGUCAAGUCCGUCCGUCGGUUGUGAUCCUGGUGGUGUCGCAGCAGUGGCGGUGAAUGUGGCAGGUGCAAGCUCUGCUGUAGGUUGCUCUCCAGCUUGAAAGUCCAGGCAAGUUUCCACAGCUAGGAGUUGGGACGCCGCAACGGCGGCGACACUUGCAUUCGCUCUUACUUUCUGCCUGAACUUCUAGCCCCAACCGCCAGGGCUUUGACAUGUGACUUAGUGUCUUCCGCAUUGUCAUUUGUUGCCACUUCGGAACCGGUUUUUGACGUGCGGGCGGAAUGAGGUGCCAAAUGCACCAGACGACUCGUUCCAGGCACCCUUGUUGCAGCUCAAGGCGCACCUACUGCAAAUGAGAGACUACGUUUCCAACGUCUCCUUUGAUCGGUGCCAAACUUCAAAUCUGGUGAAGGAGAUCCAGUGGUUGUGAACGAGCAGUCAAAUUAAUGGUGCACGUACGCGAGAAGCGGCGUGUAAAGACCGUCGCAUUUUUUUAGCACAUGAUUUAGAGGAGAUGCAGUCUGAAAGUCGGCAGUGCGUUUCUUAGACUGCAAGUCCAAUACAUGAAUUCACAUUCUCAAUACUGUCUCUUGGCAGUGGGUGUAUGCUUAUGCCAAUAGUCGUGGGCUUCGGUGAUACUGUCUGUUGACAGUUGGCAAGGCCCAUAUUGUCACCGUCUAGGCGAUGCACGGCCUAAGUGACCUGGGCGUGCACGACUACAUCACGACGGAAGGAUUGUGCUGGGAGACGCCGUAUCGUCUCGAUGCAGACUCUUGAUCCCACAUUGAGUAUCAUGGACAUGCCAUUCAAGUUUCAGUGGCCCGCAUUUUGGCAUCCGUGGACGCGUAUGAUGCCCUUUGUGGUUUCACUUUGUGCGUGUGUGUGCACAAAUAGUUUGGCGUUCGAGUGCGGCACGGUCGAGUUUGUCGGAACUCCCUUUCAUGUUCAUCAAUCGUACAAGCAUUUUUACCAUUUUGUGAAUUCAUUAUUAUGAUGCGGAAAUCGUAAGUUCAUCGAGUGGCUGAGCCGAUUUAUUGGUAGUGCUCCAAAGAGUUUGUCGUACAAGGAAACAGGACUUUCCCGGUUUACAUACUUGCAUUAAGUCCCGAGUUCUGUUGAGAAAACGUUUUUGUUUUCAGUUGACCUGCCAAGUGCUCUGGUUUUUCACUUUUCUGCCUUGUGUUUUAGAGGUGAAUAAAGCUUGAAAACCUUGAACAGCAUUCUCCCUGCUGUGUCUCCAA